UGGUAUAUCGAACGUGGUGACCUGCUUCUUCAUGAACAUCUACUACAUCCUGGUGCUAGCGUGGGCCGCCUACUACCUGGUUUUGAGUUUAACUUCAGUCCUUCCCUGGUCCCACUGUAACAAUACGUGGAACACACCGAGGUGCUCCUUUCACCAUGUCGACUCAAACAGCAGCAUAAUAGAUAACACCACUUUGAUGAAUUCCAGUGUUGCCUUUGCAAAACCGGUUGAUUCCUCAGUGGAGUUUUGGGAGCGGAAGGUGUUACAACUCUCAUCAGGUAUAACGGAAGGUGGCGGGAUUAUCUGGGAACUGGCGUUAUCGCUAUUUGUGAUGUGGGUGAUCGUUUACUUCUGUUUGUGGAAGGGGGUCAAGUGGACAGGUAAGAUUGUUUACUUCACGGCCACGUUCCCGUACGUCAUACUUGCCAUACUUCUGGUGCGAGGAUUGACACUAGAUGGCGCUGUAGACGGUAUUGUGUACUACCUAAAGCCGGACAUAUCAAGACUUGGUGAUAUACAGGUCUGGAUGGAUGGAGGCACACAGAUAUUUUUCUCCUAUGCCGUUGCUAUUGGUAUAAUGAUUACCCUAGGAAGCUACAACAAAUUUACGAAUAAUUUCUACAGGGACUGUGUGUUUAUCUCGUGCGUAAACAGUGGAACGAGCGUUGUAGGAGGGUUCGCCGUCUUCUCCGUACUGGGAUUCAUGGCCAAACAGCAGAACCUUCCGAUAGCUGACGUGGCUGAUGCUGGUCCCGGCUUGGCAUUUAUCACGUAUCCUAAGGCCAUGACACAGAUGCCAAUUUCGCCGCUGUGGGCUGUGCUUUUCUUUUUUAUGAUAAUUCUUCUGGGACUUGACAGUCAAUUUGUUGGAGUUGAAUCCGUCAUCACUCCAAUUGUUGAUUACUUUCCAAAAUACCUACAGCGAAGAAGCCGUCGGAUGUUGUUCGUGGCGGUCUACUGUGUGGCGUCUUAUUUUGUGGGAUAUUCUAUGAUUUCUAGGGGUGGAAUAUACAUCUUCCAGUUGUUCGACUACUACUCAGCCAGUGGACUCGUGUUAUUAUGGACAUCCUUCUGGGAAACUGUCGCCAUUGCUUGGGUGUUUGGAGUUGACCGGUUCUAUGACGGCAUUGAGGUGAUGUUGGGGUCACGCAUCAACCCGUACCUAAAGAUCUGUUGGAAAUACACUACACCUAUUGUUUCUAUGGGUCUAUUGGUGGCUCAGCUGAUCAUGUUUAAGCCUUUAACCUAUAAUAACACGUACCAGUAUCCCACUUGGGCCCAGGCCUUUGGAGUAAUGAUGGCAGUGUCCUCUAUGAUGUGUAUCCCUGUGUACGGCCUCGUUAAGCUGAUGAGUACAGACGGGUCACUGAAGGAGAGAUUGAGAAAGGUGACCACACCAAUACUACAGAAACACCAAAUCCAUCCCACCUGGAGGUACGACCACCAACUACGGCUUAAGUCAUGAUUGACAAGUAACAUCUUAAGAAAGCGAUCAAGUUUAUAAAAUUGUCCUAUAGAUAUUGCAGUAGGAGGUAUUUUUAGCAACGAGAACGAGAUUUGCUUAGUACUUCACGUUGUGUUAUGGAGGUGUUAUAUAUUUAUAUAUGGGGAAAUUAAGCUGCGACGCCCGAUCUCUCGUAGUCCUACGCUGUGGGUUGAAAACCUCGAAAUUGUCUGUGUAAUUAAGACUUGGAUUUGUUUGCACGAUGUUCAAUCAAUAUCUUGAUUAUAUUGUCAACUGAUUACAAACAUUACAUAAACAUAAUUACCAUAACGGGUUAGGCAAAUCCCGUAACCACUUUUAUUCGACCUUUUCAGUUCGCGUUUAAGGCCCUCAAUUCUGUCAAAACCUUGAAAGUUCAACAAAACAUCAAUAUCUGACUGUAAUAAAUGUUGAUCAUACACACAUCUGGUUAUUUUGUAAAUACAGACGGCGUUUGUACAACUUAACAAUAGUCUCGUUUGCCAUGAAAUCGUGAUAAUAUGUGUUGUACUAAUUAGUUUACAUUAUGUAACUAUGUAUAAAGACGAGUGUACA